AUGGCUUCUAUUUCAGAAACUCUCCUUCUAUUUUUCUCCAUAAUAUUGACCUUAUCUCGUGCUAUGCACUCAGCAUCAGUGGUAGAAGACCUCAACAAUUUAAAACCACCUCCAGAUUUCAGCACCACAAUAAGGACUAAUUGCAUCCACAACCCAUCCUUAAGAUACUGCAAUUCCUCUGACCUCAACGAAAUCUUCAAAUCCACCAUUGUUGCAAGUCAUCUCUGCAAUGAGUCAAGGAACCCAAACUGUGUAGAAACAUUCCCCAAGAUAGACCUUAGAAGCCGUCCUAAGAUCGCGCCACUCUACUUGUCAUUCAGUUUCUUUUGGAAGUACUGCCCAUUAAGCAUCUUAUCAAUUGAUUUGUCCAACAACUCUAUGAAGGGUAGUUUUCCGAUUGAUGUCCUCCAAUGCACCCAAAUCCAAGCUCUUGAUUUGAGCCACAAUGAACUUACUGGUGAUGUUCCAAUACACAGCUUCUCUCCCCUUACAAACCUUACACUUCUUAAUCUGUCAUACAAUUAUUUUUCUGAAAGUACAAUGUCUGAUACCGAGUUCUUUAAACGCUUUAAUGCUUCAAGUUUUAUUCAUUCGGGUCUUCUCCCAAACCAGAAGAAGUUUACUAUCAAAGUCAUAAUCUUGUUGGUUGGUUUCCCCAUUUUUGUGAUUCUGAUGGUGGGUUGCUUUGGAUGGCUUUUUUUUGUAAGGCCUGAUUUUCUGCCUAGAGUGUUUCGUAGAAAGAACAAGCUCACACCGUCGAUGCUUAAGGCAGCAACUGAUGGGUUUUCAAGAGAGAAUUUGGUGGGAAAAGGCGAGGGAGUUGAUAUGUACAGAGGAGUACUAAGAGAUGGUACCCAAGUGAGGAUUGAGAUCUAUAGGGAUGACAUUUCAAGGGAAAGCCAACGGAGAUUUGAAGAAGAAUGCAAGGUUCUUGUUCAAUUAUCUCACGAGAACAUAGUUCAGGUUUUGGGAUCCUGUAGUAGACAAAAACUGAGGGCUAUUGUCACAGAGUGGAUGGAGGGUGACAAUGUUGAAAUAUGGUUAUCAAGGGCAGCUCCAUCAUGGAAGCACAGGUUGAAAAUAUUGAUGGGAGUGGUGAAGGGGAUGUGUUAUCUGCACGAGGAAUGGCCUGAAGUAGGGUAUGAUCUCAGGACAAGCAGUGUUUUGUUGUCUGACAACCUAGAGCCAUUGAUUUCAAGGUUUAAGGUUGGAGAUCAAAGCAGUAGUACAAGGAAGAUUCACAAGUUUGGAGUAUUCUUACUGGAGAUUUUAGUUAGCAGCAGGUUGAGUGAUGAGUCCAAGAGUGGUGAGGUUCGCUUUAUUGAUCACAUCAGAAAGCAUUAUCCUGGAAAUCUGAGAGAGGUGAUUGAUGAGAGGAUGAAAAUGACAGAAAAUUCGUUUGAUCAAGCGAAACAGUUAAUACGCCUAGGUUUAGUGUGCACAGAUCAGUCAAGCUGUCAUCAUCCGCACUUAAGUCAGAUUGCUGAUAUUAUAACUAGAGCUUAUGAAUCUUGGAAUGUUUUGGCAUCUCCUACUCAUAAAAGAUCACCUGGAGAUAAAGGUCACAAGCGCUUACAAUCAAGAUAAACUUUUCAUUUCUAGAUUUAAAUCCAAGUGAAAGGGACAAGUUCAAGCUAGGUGAUUUUGAUUUAUGAAAUCAUAUUGUUUAUUUAAAGUACUGAUGUUUACUACUCCAAUGUUAUUUCA